AGCCCCCACCCUUUUUGUCUCAAUAAAGUGUCCCAGUCGACAAUCACUUUCCAAUCCUGUCCUGAAAUUCAUCUCGCAGUCUUCAACAUGGCUACCAAGAUGGUCAUCCAGCAGCCAAGGCCAACUGUAGUGCCAGCUGGCACGGACCAGUGGACCACCAACAUCUGCGAGUGUGAUACCGUCAAUGAAUGCUGUUUCUCGGUGUGGUGUUUUCCUUGCUUCGCCUGCAUCACAGCUCGAGACCAUGGUGAAUGUCUCUGCCUCCCUCUGCUGGAUUUGUGUGGUCUCAUCCCAACAGCCACGCUGUCUAUGAGGGUGUCAACACGCAAACGCUACGGAAUUACCGACACUAUUUGCAAUGACUGCGUGUACACUUCCUUCUGCGGCCCAUGCAGCUGGUGUCAAAUCAGGCGGGAGAUGAAAGCCAGACUUCAUCCUGUUACACUGCUGAACAACAGGCUAAUAGGCUAAAAACCCACAUCAUCACUAUCAUCAUCAUCAUCAUCUCGUCAUUAUAAUUACUGUCAUCAGCAAGUGAAGUGAAGUCUGCAUCUCUACUUAACAUAGCACAUUCCUUAUUCCAUAUCUAAUCUUGAAUGCUUGUGAAUCUUGGUGAAACCUGGAGUCUCGAUCACCACUCCCUCCUACUCACACUGAACCAAAAGCUGUUUACAGUCAGAUAGAGUUGUGGCAUUCCGUCUAAUCACCAUUUGGGCAUCAGCUCAGGGAGUUGUGAGGAAUGCCGCUCACAUAUGAAGACUGAUCGGAUAACACCUGUAUCCAUGGAGAGAAAUGUAACAUAAUAAUGCAUUUACUAGGGUGAGCUUUAAAAAGGCUAUUUAAAAAACUCAAUCUAAGCUUAAUUUAUAUAUGUUACAUUUCACAAGGAUUUUUUUUCCACAAGGAUUUUUAAAUGAAAUGAUGAUACUUACCUACUAUUGGACUGUCCUGUUAUGACUGUGAUGUGUAUUCAUACUUCAUAGCAUGUCUGCUUCACUCUCAUCACUGAAGCAUACAAGGAAAUAAUAACAGAAUGCUGUGUGUAUAAAGGUUCAAAUGAAAUUGUGCUUCAAAUGAUGUAAAUGUGUGUUUUUGAAGUAAUUAU